AUGGCGCAAAGGAUCUUGAUGAACGAGUUUAAAACCCUUGCUAGUGAAAAAUGGGUGCAUAUUGAGCUCAACAACGAUGACAUUUUCCACUGGAAUAUUGCUCUCAUCGUCCUGAACCCCGACUCACUCUAUUACGGUGGCUACUUCAAAGCCACCAUGACUUUCCCGCAAAACUAUCCUUAUUCACCACCAGGCUUCAAAUUCACACGCCCCCUCUUCCACCCCAACAUCUACCAAGACGGCCGCCUCUGCAUCUCCAUCCUCCAUUCUCCCGGCGAAGACGAACUGUCCGGCGAGACCGCUGCCGAACGCUGGUCCCCGGCUCAGCGCGUGGAAUCCGUCCUAAUAUCCAUCCUCUCCCUCCUCGACGACGCAGAGGUCUCCUCGCCAGCCAAUGUAGACGCGGGCGUCAUGCUCCGCAAGGACCCGGAGGCGUAUAAGCGGACGGUGCUGGCGGAUGUAGAGAAGAGCAAACAGGACAUUCCAGCGGGCUUUGUGAUGCCGACGCAUGAAUCCACGGCGAUGGGCAAGAAGGAAGGGCUCGGGGCCGGCGCGGGGCCGGAUGCGCUGGCCACGAUGGAUGAUGAGGAUUUUUGGGUUGAUAGUGAUGUGGAUGAUGAUGAUGAUAUGUUUGGGGGAAGUGAUUCGGAUAAUGAGCUUGUGAUGGAUGACGAUGACGAUGAUGACGACGACGACGACGAUGAUGAUCAUGGCCAUCAGGAUACCAGGAGUUAAGGGAAACUGGGGAGGAGAGGGACCUGACUUCUUCCUCCCUGCCUCUCUUUUACUCUCUACAUCCAUCA